AUGUUGUGCAAAAGUAUUGUGUAUGCUGUUCGAAAGAGUCCAAAACCUCGUCAACUUCAUCAUGUGCCAAAAGCACCAUUACCUGGAGAACCUGCAAAGCCAUAUACACUUACUGAAAUCCCUGGACCAAGGUCAGAGGCACUCCUCAAUGAAUUUUCUAAAGUUCAGCAAGUAGGUUCCAUUCAAUAUUUUGCAGACUACCAAAGAUCUGUUGGAAAUUAUUUAGCAGAUAUUGAUGGAAAUGUUUUCUUGGAUAUAUUUAUGCAACUUUCUACUCUUCCUCUUGGAUAUAAUCAUAGAUCAAUUCUUGGUGCCUUAUCUUGUGCAGGAAAUCAACGAAUAAUAGCAAAUAGGCCUGCAUUAGGAUUAUUCCCUGGUUUAGAAUGGCCAUGUAAAAUACAAGAUACAUUGCUUCAACCAUGUGUAGCUCCAAAAGGAUUACCAUGUGUCUUUACAGCUAUGUGUGGUGCUUGCUCAACUGAACAUGCUAUACAAAUGGCAUUCAUAAAAUAUGCAGAAAGACGACGACGAGGCAGUAGUUUUACAAAGGAAGAAAAGAAAAGUGCACCCUUUAAUAAACCACCUGGUUGUCCUGAAUUAUCUAUUCUUUCUUUUGAAGGAGGAUUUCAUGGUAGAACAUUUGGUGCAUUAGCACUAACCCAUUAUAAAUACAUAAUGAAAAUUGAUAUACCUUCUCUUCCAUGGCCAAUUGCACCUUUUCCACAGUAUCUAUAUCCAUUGGAUCAGCACGAAAAAGAAAAUAAGGAAGAGGAUGAACGGUGCAUAGAACAAGUAGAAGAUUUAAUAGAACAAUAUGAAAAGACAAUGCCAGUUGCGGGUAUCAUUGUUGAAGCAAUACAAUGUGAGGGAGGAGAUAGACAUGCUUCUCCAGAUUUUUUUCAGUCCUUACAAAAUAUUUGUAAAAGAAAAUCUAUUCCUUUAAUUAUGGAUGAAAUACAAACAGGAGGUGGUGCAACAGGAAGAAUAUGGGCUCAUGAAUAUUUUGAAUUAAUUAUUUCUCCUGAUAUGGUUACUUUUAGUAAUAAAAUGCAAACUAGUGGAUUUUAUCAUUCUUUUGAAUACAUGCCAAUAAAUCCAUAUAGAGUUUUUAAUUCGUGGAUGGGUGAUCCAAGUCAAAUUCUAAUAUUAGAAGCAGUAUUACAAACUAUUGAAGCAGAAGAUUUAUUAACCCAUGUUUGUUAUGUCGGCAAUUAUUUGCUUUGUCAACUAAACACAUUACAACAUGAAUUUCCGCACAUUAUAAAUUCCGUACGAGGUAGAGGGUUUAUUGUUGCAUUUGAUCUAGCGUCCAAGGAUAUGAAAAAUAAAUUAUUAUAUGAAAUACGUAAUAAAGGUAUUCAAGUUGGUGAUUGUGGAAUAAAGUCAAUUCGAUUAAGACCAUGCUUAAUAUUUGGAGAAUAUCAUGCCGAUAUCUUUUUAGAAAUUCUUCGCGACUGUUUGCAAAAACUUGCAGACAGCUGA